AGUUAUUUCAAUGGCCUAACAAACAUUUUAGGGUUUCUCUCUGAAUGCAAACAAUCGCUUGUGAAGAAUUUCACCUAUGACGUUUCAACAGUGAUGCAUUUGAUAAAAGUGUUGACGUGACAGAUGUGCCUUAAUACACAUUAAUAUAGCGUAACACUUUUGGGUCUCGAAUAUUCGUGCUGACAAGUGUGACACUUGCCCAGCUUCCGUCAGCAUGUUGCAAAGUUAGAAUCACCCGGAAGGGUGGUACCAGCUCAAGUUCUUCAAUCUGCAGGCUUGGUAUUUGCCAAGAGCAACAGUGUGUGAAAGUCAAACUUACUCAUGUAGGCAAACAAGACGGUUAGCCACAGUAAAAGCACCAGGUUUAACCUUUCGACAUCGAUGAUUUUCAGAUGUCCAAGAGACACUUGGAGUACACCAUAUCGGAUUGAUUUUGUGCACACUGUCUCGUUGGAUUACCUGGAAAGGUGUACCCACCUUUCGACAUUCGCCUAGCCAACCGAUAAAGGCGAGAACAUCUUAUAACUAUAACGAUAGGCUGUUAAAGUUUUUCUGCCACUUGCUCAAGUAGUCUUGGAUUACACUCAUCAAGAUAAAGACACUCAAAAUCCCAUACCCCCCCUCCUGCUGCUAUGAUGAGUAUCCAACCCAGGCGGAUCCGCCUGAAGCCAUGGCUGGUGGCACAAGUGCACAGUGGGAACUACCCGGGGCUGCAGUGGCUUAGCAAGGACCACAAGCUGUUCCAGAUCCCCUGGCACCAUGCCACACGCCACAUGCCCACGCCAGAAGAGGAGAACACCAUAUUUAGGGCCUGGGCCCUGGAGACAGGCAAAUACCAGGAGGGAGUAGAUGAGCCAGACCCUGCCAAAUGGAAAGCCAAUCUGCGCUGUGCCCUCAACAAGAGCCGGGAGUUUAAACUCAAGUAUGAUGGCACCAAAGAAACACCUGUGCAGCCAUACAAGAUCUAUGAGGUGUGUGAACAGCCAUGCAACGGAGAUCCAGGCGAGGAUGAGGAUGAGGAGCUACCAAACAUUGUAAACCUCUCCAUUGACUCCAGAAUGAAUGAUCCUUCAAGCUUUCAAGUCUUUCCGGCUCACAGAGGUGACGUCCCUUUCCCGUCCUCCAUGAAUGAGCGCUUUGGCCCGACCCACACCAUCCCUGCCCUGCGCCUCAUGCAGGAUGGGGUCCAGCCCAGUGCUGGUGGGGUUACUAACAUGACUGCACACCUCCCACAAGCCACAGCGCCUCCCCAAGGCUUCAGCAGUCACGUGCCCAUGAUGGACGGGGUGGAGACGGGGAUGCUGGCACACAGCGGGGUGAACGGCGUGGCCAUGGAUACAGGGGUCAUACCCAGCCCCGUGCUCGCGGACAUAUCUGCCCCUGCCGUCCCUUCUGUGCCAAUAGGGGAGAGCCCCAUGCCAGCGGUGCAGACCGUAGCAGAGACCCAAGUUCAGCCCUGUAUUUAUGACCUGCUGAGCAGUCCACAUGUGCUACCCUUGACUGAUCUGGACAUCAAGUUCCAAUACCGUGGUCGGGUGACUGGGUCACUUACUGUUAGUAACCCUCAAGGCUGCCGACUUUACUACGGUCACCUGGGGCCAACACCUGAGCAGGUGGACCUGUUCGGCCCGGUCACCCUCAACCAGGUGCUGUUCCCCAGCACAGCAGAGAUUGUGAAUGAAAAGCAGAAGUUCUAUACUAACCACUUACUGGACGUGAUGGAUCGUGGAUUGAUCCUGGAGAUCCGGGGGCAAGACAUCUAUGCUGUGCGACUCUGUCAGUGUAAAGUCUUCUGGUCUGGUCCCGGAGUACCAGAACACGGCCCUCCCAAUCCUAUGGAGAGGGAGCGCAAGAUCAGAGUGUUCAGCCUUAAUGAGUUCCUGCAUGGACUCAUCUUGUACCAAAAAAACCAAGCCCCUUCCCUGCCUCCUUUUGAAAUCUAUUUCUGUUUUGGGGAGGAUUGGCCUGACAAGAAACCCAAAGAAAAACUCAUCCUUGUUCAGGUGGUGCCUGUGGUGGCAAGGAUUCUUACAGAGAUGUUCUCCGGCGAGCUGUCCUGGUCUUUAGAUAGCAUCCGGCUGCAGAUCUCCAACCCAGAUCUCAAGGACCAGACUGUGGAGCAGUUCAAAGAGCUGCAGAGGCUGUUGCAGUCUCAGCACGGCCAAAGCCACUGGGCUCCCACGGUCUCCUAGGAAGAAACCCCUCGUGAUCAGCCUCUCCGUCUCCACUCCCAUCGGCCCAUAGAACUCGGGGGGUGUCGGGUCGGUCCUCUGGGUGCCACAUUCUUCAGGAGGCCCAAUGGACUUUAGCCUGCAUCAUGAGGCCCUUGUAUUGCUGCCUAACUCAAUGUGGCCUGCUCACUAACAUUUCACUGUGAUGGUGGCCUUUAGAUUGCUAGCUGCUGUUUUUAAUUAACUAGCCAUGGACUUGUUACUUUGACUUGUUUAUCAAGACUUGAACAGAAAUAUUUUCUUAACCUAAUUUUUGUGUCCAUUCACUUUUUUUUUUUUUACUCAGGUUUUCUAUUUCAAUAAAUACCAUAGCAGUGUUAGACAGUUGGGGGUAUUUAUCUCUACCUAAAUCAGUUUCUAGUUCUACCCUUUGCGUGUAAAAAGUAUGUUGUCAGCUAAGAUCAAAUAAACUGAGAGCUCCCAUCACUAACUAAAA